GCAUAGCUUCUGUCUGGCAGCGCAAAGGAUAAAAAACAACCCGAGUUUUACUACCAGACCGGUUCCAGAGCUUAAUAAAAAGCACACAUUUCCAGCUUUAUUCCGGCUGAUUCUCUAUCUAAAGAAAAUUCCACGGCAAUUUUAACUUACCUGCAUAAUAACAAACCGAUAAGCUAACCACCAGGAGCAGAAUACCAGUCAAAUUCUUAAUUGAAAGCAUGUCUUCCGGAGGAAAAGUGAAGAUCGGAAUAAUUGGCGGGACUGGGCUGGACAACCCCGACUUGUUGGAAGCCCGACGGGAAGAGUAUGUCGAAACGGUGUUCGGAAAACCGUCGGAUGCUCUGAUUCAUGGGAAAAUUGGUGGCGUCGAGUGCGUCAUUUUGGCCAGACAUGGCAGAAAACAUGACGUUUCCCCGACAAACGUCAACUAUCGGGCCAACAUCUGGGCGCUGAAGGAGGCCGGAUGCACGCACAUCAUCGCGUCCACGGCUUGUGGCUCUUUGAAGGAAGAAAUCGUUCCCGGCGACUUGGUCAUCUUGGACUCCUUCAUCGACCGCACGUCCAAAAGGGAGCUGACUUUCUUCGACCAAAAAACGCCCGGCGGUCCUUCAGGGAUCUGCCACAUUCCGAUGGAACACGCCUAUGACGACGCCACCAGGAAAAUCCUCAUGCAAACGGCGAAAGAAUUAGGAAUCAAGUUCCACCCGAGCGGGACUUCUGUGUGUGUGGAAGGUCCCCGAUUUUCCACCCGGGCAGAAAGCAACGUCUUCCGUUCUUGGGGUGCGGCCACUGUCAACAUGACCACGGUCCCGGAGGCCCAACUCGCCAAGGAGGCCGGAAUUCUGUACGCAUCCGUCGCAAUGGCCACGGACUACGAUUGCUGGCGAGAUACUGGAGAAAAGGUCAGCGUCGCCAAUGUCAUGAAGACAUUCAAAGAAAAUGCAGAAAAAGUUACCAAUAUUUUCAAAACUGUCGUUCCAAAAAUUGCGGAGAAAGACUGGUCCAAAGAGAUUCAGGAAGCCAAGGAACUUGUCGCCGGCGGAGCCAUGUAAAAUGUGACCGGAAAUCAUGCAUUUCAACAAAACUUUCAACAAAAUAAAAUGUAAAAUUAAUUCGUAAAAUCAUUUUCAAAAUUUUUUUCAAUGCAAAAAUUUUCACAAAAAAACAUGUAAACUUAAUUCGUUAAAUCAUUUGCAAAUUUUUCUUCAGCAAAAAUUUCGAUUAAAUCUCCCAUGUACUAAGUAAAAUAAAUUCGUACACAAAAUCA